ACACCUUUCAUGGAACUGUAAGAAGCUACAAAAAAGUUUCCACCAGAGGGGCAAACAACAGACAUGGAAAGGACAUGGAUUAUUGCUCAUCUCUAUCUGCUGGGGUGUAUCCUGCAUUCCCUGAAUGAGGCUGAUGCAGCCUCAGAAUUUGAGCUGGAUGGAGAUUAUUUAAUAGGUGGACUUUUUGACAUCCAUCAUGUAAGCAAAGGGCUUCACCGUGACAAACCAGAAACCAUUACCUGCUCAAGUCAACCCUUCAUCCUGUCAAGUUACCGGAGGUUUCAGCUGAUGAGAUUUGCAAUAGAGGAGAUCAAUAACUCUACCAAACUGCUGCCAAAUGUGACGCUCGGCUAUAAAAUAUUAGACCUCUGCUCAGACACACAGAACUUCCCUGGAGUUUUCAACCUAAUCUCUGAUGAUGGUCUCGUCCAGCCUUGGAAUGACUCGCAGAGGCUCACAUCCAAAAUGGUCACAGUGGUCGGUUCCUACACAAGCACAGGGACUCUGAGUGUUGCCCCACUCUUCAUGAUGGAUUUCUUCCCGAUGGUCAGUUAUGGAGCUUCCAGUUCCGUCUUUUCAAGGAAAACUAAUUUCCCGUCUUUCCUACGAACGGUCCAUCCUAAUAAAGAUGUGAUAGAGGUGGUUCUAAGGAUAUUGCGAGAAUUCGACUGGCGCUGGGUUUCAUUUCUUCACAUUGACGACGACUAUGGCAGAGACGGCCGGGAUUUGUUCAUUCGGACACUUGAGCACACAGAUAUCUGUCUGGCCUACUCAAAAGGCCUUGAUCAUGACACGGACUACUAUGAGGUUUUCCAGAAAAUUACGUCACUUAAGGUAAAUGUCUUGAUUGUUUUUGCACCAGAAUGGACGGCUGAAGCUCUCGUUGAGGCUGCCAUAAAAUAUGACGUCACCAACAAGGUGUGGAUAGCGGGAGAUGCUUGGUCCUUACACAAGAAGCUUCCCAAAAGAAACGGAAUCAGGAAAAUUGGGACUGUUGUUGGGGUAGCUGAGCCAAAAAUGGAAAUUCCAGGUUUCAAUGAUUUCAUCAAUGCAUUCAGAGCCCAGACCCAAGAUGGUACGGAAGAAAAGUUUUGCAGUCAGGCUUGUAACUGCAGUAAUCACACUGCCGCAGAGAUCAAUGGAUGGUGUGCUGCAAUGUGA